CGUCGACAAGUCUGGAAUCUUUCUACGAACAGCUUAUGUUGUUUAAUUAAGUUAUUGAUAUUAUAUUAUUGAUGAAAUUUAAUGUCGAGAAGUUGAACGCAGGAUUUAAUACGGUUUAUUCAAAGGCAAAUAAACUAUUGCAAAUACGAGAAUAACGCUUUGACGCCAUCAUUUGCAAUCAGCUGAUUGAGUUCGUGAACGCCUGAACGGCGGAAUUGGAUGGAUUGGAUGCAAAAUAUAUGUAUUUUUCACUCUUUUUACGUAAUGUGUAAACGAGAUGCUAGUAGCUCGAUUCUGCAUGUUGCGUAUUUAGACAAUCGUUUCGUCUGUCUACGGGAGACAUCUCGAGUACAUCAACACUCGUGAGGUUUUCAAUAGUAUUGUUAUAUAUUGUACUAUGAAGACAACAUUUCUUAUUACAACAUUUCUUAUUACAACAUUGAUAACCUAUGCGUUAGCACUGAACGAGGAAUUAUUGCAUUACGUUAGUGAUGAUGUGCCCGGCGGAUCUUACAAGUAUUACAGUCUGACGUAUGACGGUAACAUUAAGAUACGGUUGACAUCCAUAACGGGGGAUGCAGAUUUGUAUGCAUCACAGAUUACAAGCAAACCGACAUAUGAACCACAGCAUUACUGCCUGCAGUCCGCAACUUGUGGGGAAGAUACUAUUUUCAUACCUAAGAGUUUCAAACGGCCUGUAAGUAUUGGCGUUUAUGGUCAUCCAUCGCACGAAAUCAGUAAAUAUACUUUAUUGGUGUCUGAAGUAAUGGUUGAAGACGAUAUCUCAUCUUAUGACGAGACAUCCCCAGAUAGAACUUAUAAAACCACUCGUGAUAGGAUCAACAUGUUGGACUAUGAAAAUCAAAUUUUUCUUGAAGUUCUUCAAGAGGAUGGGUUAGUUAUUACAGCUAAGGGUCUUGGUAUAGAAACUGUUUUUGCAAAUGUGAUAAAAGCUUACUCGGAUCCGGGCAAUCUAGUUAUAGUCCUUGGAACCAUUGAUUACGAUGAGCGUUACAUUAUUGAUUUACUUAAAAGUUAUGGAACGAAAUUACCGCGUGUAGUUAAUGCCGAAUGUUCGUCCAAUGAAAGGGAAGUAAUGUAUUUGGAAGGUGGAGUGCUGUUUAUAUCGGGUCGUAUCUUAGUGGUAGAUCUAUUAAAGAAUAGAGUUCCGCUGCACUUGGUCACCGGUAUUCUCGUCUAUAGAGCUCAUAACAUUCUAAAUGCUUAUCAAGAGGCAUUUGCAUUACGUUUAUAUAGACAAAAUAAUAAGACUGGUUUUAUCAAGGCGUUCACAAAUUCGUCACUAGCUUUCACAAUUGGAUAUACGAAAGUGGAACGAGUUAUGAAAGCUCUAUUCGUCAAAAAAUUAUAUUUAUGGCCGCGUUUCCACACAACUGUUAAUAAUUGCUUGUCCAAACAUGAGCCCGAAGUUAUAGAAUUACAUGUACAAAUUACGCCAAAGAUGCAAAGCAUUCAAACCACCUUGCUCGAUAUUAUGAAUUAUACUGUGAAAGAGUUGAAGAGAAUCAAUAAAUAUUUAGACUUGGAGGAACUGACUGUAGAGAAUGCAAUAGCAAAAAAGUUUCACAAGCAGUUACAUUCACAAGUAGAUCCAAUCUGGCAUCAGCUCAGUACAACAACUAAACAAUUAUUUUCCGAUUUAAAAACAUUACGCUCCCUUAUUAUAUCUUUGACGUAUGAAGAUUCCGUUUCAUUUUACAACAUGCUAAAUAGUUUACGGACUAUGGAAUAUGCCAUGAAAGCUGGUGGUUGGAUAAUGUUAGAUGAAUUUGAAAAUCUGAUUAAAUAUGCCAAAAGCAGAGUUUAUACGGAUAAGAACGAAUUGAAACCAGAACCGCAUCCAAAAUGGGAAGCUUUAUCGGAAGUCUUGGUUGAGAUUCAGGAACAGAAACAUAAGAAAAAAGAUUAUGAAAAUAUUGAUAAAGUUCUCAUUUUAGUAAACGAUAACAGUACAUGUCGUCAAUUAAGAAAUUAUUUAACUAUGGGUGCAAAUGAAUACUUACUUUAUGAGGCUUUGAAAAAAUUAUCGCAUAAUAAAGAACAAAAGGUGAGUGGCAGUAAAAAGAAUACAAAUGAAAAGAGUAUAAAAGAUCAGCCAUCGACUUCUGAAAGUAAUACAGAAGAAGAAUUGCAAGAAGCUCAAGAUACUUAUGUGCUGACAUUGUCACAAAAAUGCACAGAUGGAACUCAGCCAAGUACUUCCACAGAAGAUAUAAAACAUCAGACAUUAUUUGAAGAGUGUUCGCAAAUUGUAAAUUUGGAUUUAACUAAAGAGAUCUAUGCAGCGUCUGCACCUAUAGUUUUCAUACAAGCCAUAAAGAAAGGAGGUGAUCCAAUGGCUUUACAACGAAUAUUAACGGAGCAUAUGCCGAACAAUAUUAUUUUAUACGUAACCGAUAUUGGUGUUGUGAGACAAUUAGAAGUAUAUCAAAAUAAUAAUCCGUCAUUAAAUUUGAAAGUAUAUUUUUUAAUUUAUGGCGGAUCAGUUGAGGAACAAGAAUAUCUCACUUCCUUACGACGAGAAAAGGAAGCAUUUCAUUCUUUGAUCAAUACAAAAACUACUAUGGUUGUGCCAGAAGAUCAAGAUGGAAAAUCAGACGACUGCUUAGCUCUUGCAGUUCAAUCAGAUGAUGCUCAAGAGAAUACGCGUAAAGGAGGGAUGCAAUCUGAAGUUAAAAUAGUUCCAAAAGUUAUUGUUGACAUGAGAGAAUUCAGAAGUGAGUUACCAGCCAUGCUGUACACACGUGGUAUAAAAAUUGAGCCAGUGACAUUAGUGGUGGGUGACUAUAUUCUAACACCGGAAAUAUGUAUUGAGAGGAAAAGUGUAUCUGAUCUGAUUGGUUCUUUACUUUCUGGGAGGUUGUAUAAUCAAGCAGUUUCCAUGACAAGACAUUACGCUAAACCUAUGCUUCUCAUAGAAUUUGAUCAGAAUAAACCGUUUUCUUUUCAGGGAAAUUACUAUGUUAGUAGAGAUCUUAAGAAUACUGACAUAACAGCAAAACUGCAAUUAUUAACUCUUCAUUUUCCUAAACUAAAAAUUAUAUGGUCUCCUAGUCCACAAGCUACAGCACAAUUGUUUGAAGAAUUAAAGCAAGGACGAGAUCAGCCUGACUCGAAUGUUGCUGCUAAAAUUGGAGCAGAUGAAGAUACAGAAAACAAACAAAUAAUGGUUGAAAAAUAUAAUUCUCACAUCAAAGAUUUUAUAGCUAAAUUACCAGGUGUACAUUCGAAAAAUUUGCAUAUUUUAUUGAAUAAAGGAGGAUCGUUAGAUAAUCUUAUCAAAUUGUCACAAGAAGAGCUAAAAGAAAUACUUGGAAAUAAAAAUGAUGCGGAAUUGUUACAUAAAGCUCUACAUGAAAAGUGUUUACCAAUGGGUGAAAGUUCGGGAACUAGCAAAGGUGUUUCCAAAGUACGUGGUAAAAGACUUUUCUCCAAAAUAUCAAAAUAAUAUAAAUGAUGUAUCCUAACAAAUAUUUAGUAAAACAUUUUCAAAGUAUUAAUAAUUGAAUGUUAUUACAAUCUAAUAAAUAUAUUUUAUAAGUUAUUUUUGGAAAUAGUUAUACCAUUAUGUUAUUUUCAGUACAAUUUGAAAAAUGUAUAUCAUAAAAGGCAAUGUAAAUAAAUUUAUUACAUAAUAAUUGUACAGAUAUGUAAGAUCUUAAUAUAUGUAAUUAAGAUGUAAUAUAGUAUUUCACAAGAUAA